UUGGUACAGUGAACUGCUGGUGGUGAUGUGGAAGAAGUAACGGCGUCUCGUUCGUCAGCAUUGGAUGGGAAAUGGCAAGAAAAUAGCUGUUAUUUUCCAUAAACGUUUUAACACUGUAACUGAGUGUAUCGCAUCUUAAAAGCGUGUUAUAUUUCUUUGUUUUGACUUUACGGGAAGAAACCACAGCAAGCUAGCGCCAGGCUAAGAGGGCUAGCUAACGUUAGCUAGCAGCGCUCGGCGUAGUUAACAGUCAGCUGCCGACACUUUACAGCUUUGUAAAAAGAGGCAAGUUUCCGGGGUUCAAACAACGAUGCGGUAAUCUGAUAAGUGACUGGCUAUCGUCCGGAGUUUAGUGCUUGAUCAGAUCACUUUUUGAACUCUAGAAAGGUUUGCAAGCGACUUGAGAUGAUAAGCUAAAUUGAUGCUUGGAUUCAAACCAGCGCAGAUCAAACAACUGCAGAGGAGAUGAGUCAACUCUGGCAGCGAGACAUACCCCUGUCAGAGAGGUUGGGGAAUGACUCUCCAGUUGGCCUUGGCCCAGGGUCCCCAGCCACUGUGGCCCCACAAGGAUCCAACUCCUCUUUGGUGCCAGAAGCGCCAGUGGUCACACCAGAAGAGCCAAUUUUCCUCAUGACCUCCACUGCCCAAACUAUAUCGGGUUUUUUUGUUUGGACUGCUCUUCUGAUCACAUGUCACCAGAUCUACAUGCACCUACGUUACUACAGCUCUCCAAAUGAACAGAGGCACAUAGUUAGGAUCCUCUUCAUAGUCCCCAUCUACGCCUUCGACUCUUGGCUCAGCCUUCUUUUCUUCACCAAUGAGGAGUAUUAUGUGUACUUUGACACAGUCCGAGACUGCUACGAAGCCUUUGUCAUCUACAACUUCCUGAGUCUGUGUUACGAGUAUCUGGGAGGAGAGAGUGCCAUCAUGGCUGAGAUCAGAGGGAAACCUAUAGAGUCAAGCUGUAUGUAUGGGACCUGUUGUCUGUGGGGAAAGACCUACUCCAUUGGUUUCCUCAGGUUUUGCAAACAGGCAACUCUCCAGUUCUGUGUGGUGAAACCCCUGAUGGCAAUGAUCACUGUCAUUCUUCAGGCCUUUGGGAAAUACAGAGAUGGAGACUUCAAUGUGGCUAGUGGCUACCUGUACGUGACCAUCAUCUACAACAUAUCCGUCAGUCUGUCGCUCUACGCUCUCUUCCUCUUCUACUUUGCCACACGUGAACUGCUUGUCCCAUACAGCCCUGUGCUCAAGUUCUUCAUGGUCAAGUCAGUCAUCUUUCUCUCCUUCUGGCAGGGUAUGCUGCUGGCCAUCCUGGAGAAGUGUGGAGCCAUCCCUCAGAUCAGCUCUGCUGACUUCUCAGUGGGCGAGGGAACUGUUGCCGCUGGUUACCAGAACUUCAUCAUCUGCAUUGAGAUGUUCUUUGCUGCUGUUGCUUUGCGCCAUGCCUUUACUUACAAAGUCUACAUGGAUAAAAGACUGGACUCAUAUGGUCGCUGUGCCCCAAUGAAGAGCAUCUCCAGCAGCCUGAAGGAGACUAUGAAUCCAGGGGACAUGGUCCAGGAUGCAAUCCAUAACUUCUCCCCAGCUUAUCAGCAGUACACCCAACAGUCCACACUAGACCGAAGUGGAGGGCCACCCCUCUCUCGCAGCCACAGUAACCUCAGCACCCGCGGGGACAACGAAAAGACCCUGCUGCUCAGCUCCGAUGACGAGUUCUAAGACUCAAACACACACUCAGAGGGUCACUUUACUCCCGUAGCCCAUAUUGAAUUUUUAGCAGCUAUAUGAGACAAAUCAGAUCUUUUUGUUUCAACCUUAACAUGGAAGAUCCGAUUCUGUUUUGGGUGUUUUCUUUUUCACAUUCAGACAGCCAUGAAACCCCAGAUUCACAUCAGACUUGAAAUCGUGGUUAGCAGACUGCAGGAAGAGAAGGGGUGUUUUUACUGUGAAGAAGAGGAAAAAACGGGAGAAAGAGGGGGAAAGAGGGAGCAUGAAAAAGACGAUCAUGUCACUACAAAUAAAAUCCAGGGAGAAGAGAGGUAGAGAACAUUUGUGUUGACGUCAUAGGGGCCAUAACUGACAUAAAUAUAAUAUCUACAUUCAUCUGUUGAAAUUGGAUCAGGACAAACCAAACACCACACCACAGCAAAACAAAAAAACACGUCAGACACAUGGUGUUCGC